GCCUCAUCCUAAUUCCAGAAAAACAAGCUAAGCCGGUGAAAGAUUUCUUUGAUGGGUUUAAUGAAGUCAUACUAAAAUUGAUUGAUUUAAUUAUGCUUGCUGCUCCCUACGGUGUAUUUGCUUUACUGGCUGCAUUGGUUGUUGAAGCGCCAAGUGCAGACUUAUUUAAAGCCCUUGGCUGUGGUCUAUAUAUUCAC